AUGGUUUCUGGCGAUCUACCAGUCGAGAAGAAGCAGCCAUGUAAGCGCAAGUCCCGAUUUGGCUGUCGAAACUGCAAAUUGAGGAAAUUGAAGUGUGACGAAACGAAGCCACAUUGCGUGAAAUGUCAUACCUAUGGGCUCCAAUGCAACUUCGGGUUUGCUGUACCCGAUCUCCAGCUGCUCUCUGAAGUACGAACGAAGCAAGAAGUAGUAAGACGAUUUGAAUUGUCGUCACCAAGGGCGACUAUCAGCAACGCCAUAUGGACCAAUGAUACAUCAACAUAUUUCAUGCUAGAUCUGCAGGAUCAAGAGCUUUUCAACCGGUUUCGAUACCGUACCCUAUACUCUCUUGGUGGCCCUGAGAUGGUAGCAAUCUAUGAAAAUCAUAUGUUGGCAGUGUGUUUCGCUCGUCCAUUCUUGAUGCAUGGUACACUGGCCGUGACAGCCGUGCAUGAUCGUUAUCUUGGAAUAUCGGCAACCCGUCGUCGCUCAUUACGAGAAUCCUAUCACUGGUCUCAAUGCACGGUUAUGUUCAAUAAAUGGUUGAGCCAACCUAUCAAGGAAGAAAACAAAGAUCCUAUUUGGGCUACAGCUGGGAUUCUUGGUAUCCUGACCUUCUCGUCCAUCAAUGCUUGUCUGUCAGAAGAAGUAUGGCCUCUCGGAGCAUCCGACUCUUCUGAUCUGGAGUGGUUACGACUUGGGACUGGCAAGAUGGCACUAUGGCAUGUGGUGAAUCCCUUACGGCCUGAAAGUGUGUUCCGCACCAUGUCCGAGACCUUCUCACGAAUGCGUCAACCAUUGCCUGCAAGAGGCACAGAGGGAGUAUCCGUCGAGUUGUUGCAACUAUGUGGAAUUGAUGAGUCGUCCACUGGAGAUAAUAAUCCUUACUUCACAGUUGCUCAUAGCCUCUCUCGGCUUUUGGAGGUUCCGAAGAAUGAUAUUUCGCUGGGGCCAGUCAUGAUGAUCUUGAGGCACAUGCAUAAUGAUUUUGGGUCCUGCUUGAAGAGAAAGGACCCAGUAGCGCUUUUGCUAUUAUGCUUGUGGUACACCAGAGCCCGUGAAAGUAAAUGGUGGAUUGAUCUGCGCGCUAGGCAUGAGCUUCCGGCGAUUUGUGCCUAUUUACAACGAAAUCACAAGGAUAAUAAGGCCAUCCUGGCACUUAUACCUUGGAGGAAAUGAAAACACUCGUGUAACAUAUGCUGCUAAAAACAGUACACGCCCUCCUCGAGGCUCG